AGAAUUCCAUCAAAUUUUAUUUCAAAUGUCUUCGAAACAACUUCAAAAAUCGAGCCAACUUCAAACUCAAACUCAAUCAGAGAGUGAAGCUGAAAACUGGUAUCAUGAUAUAGACCAACUUCAUGAUUAUGGCAUUAGCGCCAUUGAUACGAAGAAGCUGAAAGCAGCCGGAAUUUGUACUAUCAAAGGAAUUAAUAUGCACAUGAAGAAAAAAUUGAUUCAAAUCAAAGGAUUAAGCGAAGCUAAAGUCGACAAAAUCAAAGAAGCUGCGGCUAAAAUAUGCAACGAUCUCACUUUCAUGACUGCUUCCCAAUUCAGAGAAAAAAGAAAAAUGGUUUUCAAAGUCUCCACUGGUUGUGAGGAAUUUGACACUCUCUUGGGCGGUGGCAUCGAAAGUAUGUCCAUCACAGAAGCGUUUGGCGAAUUUCGCUGUGGAAAAACUCAGUUAUGUCAUACUCUUUGCACAACAUGUCAAAUUACAUCGGAUAAUUAUCGAGGUGGCAAAGCGAUUUACGUCGAUACCGAAAACACUUUCCGUCCAAACAGACUUAAACAAAUUGCAGAACGAUUCAAGAUGGACGUAGAAGCUGCACUCGAAAACGUUUUAUACAUCCGGGCAUAUACAAGUGAACAACAACAUGAAAUUCUGGACGGUGUCGCUGCAAAAUUUCAUGAAGAAAUCGGCGUUUAUAAAUUGCUUGUAGUCGAUUCAGUAAUGGCCCUUUUUCGUGUUGAUUAUAGCGGUCGUGGUGAACUUGCUGACCGACAACAAAAAUUGGGACAAUACUUGUCCAAAUUGCAGAAAAUAGCAGAAGAAUAUAACGUAGCCAUAUUCAUCACAAAUCAAAUGACGGCUGACCCUGGUUCGACUAUGUCAUUUCAAGCAGAUCCCAAAAAACCAAUCGGAGGUCACAUCAUAGCUCAUGCUUCCACCGUAAGAUUGAGUUUGAAAAAAGGUCGUGGUGAUACAAGAAUAGUGAAAAUAUAUGAUAGUCCUGAUUUACCGGAAAACGAAGCUACAUUUUCCAUCACCGAUGGUGGAAUAUCGGAUGCUAAAGAAUGAAAUUCUUUCUGAAAUUUUUUCUUCUUUGUUCAAUUUGAAAUCAUACCCAUCCAUAAAUUCUAGUACACAAAGAAUCCAAUUCAUUCACAAUGAGUUUCA